GACCUCGAACAAUUUCCUCAUCCAAAAGCCAUUACUCCCGGCCGGGCUUUCCGUGCGUCUUUCACCCCUCUUCUCCCUUGAGAUAUCACGCAUCUUCCCAUUCUAAGAUAUCAAUCCUUAAUCGAUCGGAUCUCUGCGCUAAUCCGGUCAUUUCAAUUCCAGAUCCAUUUCCGGGGCUCAAGUGACUGUCUGCUUCACACAGCAAUGUCAUCAUCAUUAUUCUUUAGAAGGAGAUACUGGGCUGCUUUAUCAUUUUUCAUUUUCAUUUCACAUGCAUGUCAUGGGUUUUAUUUGCCGGGAACGUACAUGCAUACAUAUUCACCUGGUGAUGAAAUCUUUGUCAAAGUGAACUCGUUGACCUCAAUUGAGACUGAGCUUCCAUUCAGCUACUAUGAUCUUCCUUAUUGCAAACCCCAGACAGGAAUUAAAAAAAGUGCCGAGAAUCUUGGAGAGUUGUUGAUGGGAGAUCUUAUUGAGAACUCUCCCUAUCGUUUCCGUAUGAAUGUAAAUGAGUCACUGUACCUCUGCACUACACCACCACUAAAUGACCACCAGGUGAAGCUUUUGAAACAAAGGACUCGUGACCUUUAUCAGGUGAACAUGAUUCUAGAUAACUUGCCUGCUUUGAGAUAUGCUACUCAAAAUGGGAUGAAGAUUCAAUGGACAGGGUUCCCAGUUGGGUUCACAUCACAAAACACUAAUCAAGAGUACAUCAUUAACCACCUUAAGUUUAAGGUAUUGAUUCAUGAGUAUGAGGGGGCUGGGGUAGAAAUUAUUGGUACUGGAGAAGAAGGAAUGGGUGUUAUUACACAGACAGAUAAGAAGGCUUCUGGUUAUGAAAUUGUUGGUUUUGAGGUGACCCCUUGCAGUGUAAAGUAUGAUCCUCUCAAGAUGGAAAAACUCCAUAUGUAUGACAAAGUUACUUCUAUAAGCUGUCCAUUGGAUCUUGACAAAUCUCAGAUCAUUAGGGAGCAGGAGAGGGUAUCAUUCACUUAUGAAGUUGAAUUUGUGAAAAGCGACAUUAGAUGGCCAUCUCGAUGGGAUGCUUAUUUGAAGAUGGAAGGUUCUCGGGUUCACUGGUUCUCAAUUCUUAACUCUGUAAUGGUGAUCGUCUUCUUAGCUGGCAUUGUUUUUGUAAUCUUUUUGAGGACAGUCAGAAGGGAUCUAACGAGGUACGAGGAAUUGGACAAAGAAGCUCAGGCGCAGAUGAAUGAGGAGCUUUCUGGCUGGAAGCUUGUGGUAGGCGAUGUCUUCAGAGAACCAAAUCAUUCAAAACUGCUCUGUGUUAUGGUUGCAGAUGGGGUUCAGAUUACUGGAAUGGGAGCAGUAACUAUUGUUUUUGCUGCCCUUGGUUUCAUGUCACCAGCUUCUAGGGGCAUGCUUCUAACUGGGAUGAUUCUGCUAUAUUUGUUCUUGGGAAUUGCAGCUGGUUAUGUUGGUGUCAGACUGUGGAGAACCAUCAAAGGGACUUCUGAAGGGUGGAAAUCAGUUUCUUGGGCAACUGCAUGCUUCUUUCCAGGGAUUGCGUUUGUUAUUCUCACCGUUCUUAAUAUCAUUCUUUGGGGAAGCAAGAGCACUGGUGCGAUUCCCAUUUCGCUGUAUUUUGAACUAUUAGCCCUCUGGUUUUGCAUUUCUGUGCCUCUGACUCUAGUGGGAGGAUACUUUGGGACAAGAGCUGAGCCUAUCCAGUUCCCUGUGCGUACGAACCAGAUUCCUAGGGAGAUCCCAGAACGCAAAUACCCAUCGUGGCUUCUUGUUCUUGGUGCUGGAACCCUUCCGUUUGGAACUCUUUUCAUCGAGCUUUUCUUUAUACUCUCUAGCAUCUGGUUUGGACGGUUCUAUUAUGUGUUUGGGUUUCUUCUCAUUGUCCUCCUCCUGUUGGUGGUUGUCUGUGCGGAAGUCUCUGUCGUCCUCACUUAUAUGCAUCUUUGUGUUGAGGACUGGAUGUGGUGGUGGAAAGCAUUCUACGCCUCAGGUUCUGUUGCCUUAUAUGUGUUCUUGUAUUCUGUCAACUAUCUCGUGUUUGACCUCCAGAGCCUGAGUGGGCCAGUCUCCGCCACACUUUAUCUUGGAUACUCUCUGUUGAUGGCAGUUGCAAUCAUGCUUGCCACAGGCUCAAUCGGGUUUGUAACAUCUUUCUUCUUUGUCCAUUACCUCUUCUCAUCAGUGAAGAUUGAUUAGAUAGCCAUUGUUAUUUGGUUGGUGGGUCGCUACAGAGAACUUCGUCCAUGCAUAUUUGAUGUUUUCUCAUUCCCGCUUUUGUCUUACUCACGAUUGCUCCGAAGGUCUUUCCCCUUUUAUGUUUUUUUUGCACUUUUGUAGCAACCAUGUGAUUUAAUCAUAGUCUGUUCUUCUUGGUUAUGUAAUACUCGUAUUUUUUUACAAUUGAAUCGGCUUAAGAAGACCUUUUGGAUUCUGAUCACUUCUCUGUUCCUUACGCCUCAUAGCAUUUCAAUUG